AUGCCAACACAAGCACCAGAUAGUGGCAAUCAAAUUAUUAAACCACCGGGACUGACCACCGACUACGAUAGCGAUAUGGAAGACAAUGGCUGGCGACUUGCUUUAUCGAAGGGCAUGAGGAAGCGCAUGAAGGCCUUGAGGCUGGACGCAAAUGACUUCCAGAAAGUACCUGCAGAUUUGAUGGUCGAUUGGAAAACUCUCUCCUUCCCGCCGGAUGAUAGUACUUCUACUUUACGUGCAAAGUUCGACUCCGCUUUCAACAAAUUUCUUCGUCUAUCUUCCAUUGAGACGCUAAAUAUUCAAAUGGUGAGAAGCAUAUUAGGGCACCUUCGAAAUAGUCGGCGCAUUUUAAAAACCUCCUCCCCUGCAACCAUUCUCUGUUUGGGCCUGGGCAAUCCUGCUCUAUAUACCUCAAGUUUAAAUCAAUUGGCUUUACUUGCUGCCUUGGUAAAGCUCUCUGAAGGCGCAUUUUUGCCUGAAAAGACCUUUAUCUAUGACCCACUGAUGAAAAAGAUUGCUAGAGAUUUUAUCCGAAGCCUUGGAUUUCGCAUUUUAUCGUCCAAUUUUGAAGGUCAGUAUCGUCUUCCCCGUGAUAAAGACGUUUUCGUCUUCCUUCCCUUCACCCCAGCGGCUUUGGCAGAGAAUUUAAUUGCCAUCAAUUGGGACAAAGGGGUGCUUAAUCGACUCACCUUCCUUUCUAAUCCAAUAAUACCACGAUCUGAUAGUUCUGACCUGACAGCGACGCCUCAUGUCUCCCUCCUGCAACCCUAUCGACGCUUCGCAAAAAUUGACACCAAAGAUCGCGAUUUUCGAGCGCUCCAAGUUGAAUGGUUUGACAUCCCUCCUGAAGUGAAAUUAGGGAGCAUUUUGGGGAAUGGUGCUUUUUCUCCACUUAUCACACCUUUUCACAAAGUUAAAUCUUUUAUCGACGGCGAGGAUGAUGCCGAGACUGUUAAUCAAUUGUCCUAA